AAACCAAAAUCGAAACCAAUGAAAGCGUACACACACCAAACAUUUACUAUGGCUUGUUUUGUAACAAUAUCCCCUUAACCAACCAAUUACGGCGUCGACUGAAGACACAAAACACCAGAGACUUCCCUUUGGUGUCUCCGUUCUUCCAUCUCCAGGUGGCUACUGUAGCUGGUUGCAUUUCUGUGAUCACUAAUAUGAGCUUCAGCGGCCCUUCUGUUGGUACCGGUGGUAGAGCUGCCAGAAGGGCAUUUGAGUUUGGACGGACGUAUGUGGUGAAACCUAAAGGCAAACACCAGGCAACCAUUGUCUGGUUGCAUGGCCUCGGUGAUAAUGGUUCAAGCUGGUCACAGCUCUUGGAGACGCUUCCACUUCCAAAUAUCAAAUGGAUAUGCCCUACAUCACCUGCUCAACCAUUAACCUUAUUUGGCGGCUUUCCCACAACUGCAUGGUUUGAUGUAAGUGACCUGUCUGAAGAUGCACAUCAAGAUGAAGAAGGGAUGGAUGCUUCAGCAGCACACGUUUUGAGUCUGCUAUCUACCGAGCCCCCUAAUAUCAAACUUGGUGUUGGAGGCUUUAGUAUGGGGGCGGCAACCGCUCUAUACUCUGCAAGUUGUUUUACGCAUGGGAAGUUCGGGAAUGGAAACGCGUACUCUACUCAUUUGGAUGCGGUUGUUGGACUUAGUGGCUGGCUUCCAUGUGCAAAAGACCUGAAUAAGAAGAUCGAAGGGGAGGAAGCUGCAAAUCGUGCUUCAUCGUUGCCUAUUUUGCUAUGUCAUGGCAAAGCUGAUGAUGUGGUACGCUUUCGUUUUGGGGAGAAGUCAGCCCAGAAACUAUCUUCCACCGGCUUCAAAAACCUGACAUUCAAAGCCUAUGACUCGCUUGGCCAUUACACAAUUCCAGAAGAGAUGGACGAGGUUUGUUCGUGGCUAACUUCGAAACUAGAGCUGGAAGGUAAGUUGUAACUUCAGUCAUUGGUUAUGUAUUAGUUUGAUAAUGUGUAUGGCACAGAACAGAACCACCUUAACCUUAGACUGGCUGUACCAUUGUUAUUUUGUUACCUGGUGUGGAUUCGUGAUUUAAGAUUUAUCUUCAUUGGACCUUGGUCGGAGCUA